AUGAAUCGCCCAGUACUCUGUAUCGAUUGUGUGCACUCUGAAUCCUACAUGUCACAUCACGAUUUGGAGGCACACAUCGCCAGCGAGCAUCUCAAUCUCUAUCCCUAUGAUUGCGAAAAGUGCAAGUUCGCCAAGUUUCCGACAGAGUCAACGUUGACCAGCCACUGUUUGAACGAUCAUGGCCUUCAGGAGUUUGUGAUCAAAUGCCGCUAUACCGCUGAAUUCGCCAUGAAACGGAAGGAGCUCGCCCAGAAACUCAAUCAAUGCUACACAAUGAGCCGUUCAAUGCUCACCGACCCGCGACUACAUGAUGGUGAUGGUCGGGUGAAGCUGGAGAACGGAGAUCUUCCGCUUCCAGCGACACUUCAUCAGACCCCUGCGACAAUCUACACGGAUAACACUACCAUGCAGCAGUACCACAACUUUUUGGACGAGACUCUCAGCCGUCACGAGGAGGAAAAGCUGGGCUCAUCAACAGAACUGACGAAUGGCUGUGGCCCGAUCAAGCCGAAAGUCCAGAUUCAAUGUCAACUGUGCCAAGACAUUGUCUCAAAGCAACGUUCCAGUAUGGUCUACCAUGCGAAUACUCGACACGGGAAGUACGAACUCUACGAGUGUGGAAUCUGUCAUAGAAAGUGGCAGACGAUAGCGAAAUCCGACGUGAUUAAGCAUAUUCGAAGCCAUCACGAACGAGAAGACGGGAGUAUCGAUGAGAGUAUGGUUAUCGAUUAUCGAAAGAGUUUGGGGAAUAAGUUGAAGGAAAUCACCGAUAAAUGUUUUCCGGAGAAGAAGAAGGCGAGGAUUGGCUACACGGAUGCGACGGAUUCGAUUCCGGAGUGA